AUGGAGUUCGACCUUGACGCCGUCGAGGAGGAGGACAGUCCGUUCGCAGAGGUCCGGGCGUCCGUAUCGAACAUAGACGACCCAGAAAUGCCGGCUCUCACAGUUCGUAUGUGGUUCAUCGGCCUUCUCCUCAACAUGGUAGGAAGUGCCGCCAAUGUAUUCUUCUACUUCCGUUCUCCCGCACCCACCGUAUGGCCUCUCAUGCUCCUCCUCAUCGCCCACCCCUGGGGCAAAUUCCUCGCAUACACAUUUCCUAUCCGCAUCUUCCGUCUUCCCCGCUUCCUCGGCGGCUACGAAGUCUCUCUCAACCCAGGUCCCUGGAACAUCAAGGAGCACGUCCUCGUCUUCAUCAUGGCCAACGUCGCCAUCGGCCCACCAUACGCCCUCACCGCCAUCGUCGUCGGAGAAUACUACUACGAAAUCGUCCUCGGCUUCUGGUUCAGUCUCGUCCUCGUCCUCGCCACACAGCUCACUGGCUUCGGCCUCGCCGGUCUCUGUCGACGAUUCCUGGUGUGGCCAGCGAGCAUGGUCUGGCCUCAGAACCUCGUCAUCUGUACGCUGCUCAACACGCUCCACGCAGAGGACGAGGACACGUCGACGGGCUCGAUAACGCGCUACAGAUACUUCCUCUACGUCUUCGGCGGCGCCUUUUUCUUCUUCUUCCUCCCCGGGUACCUCUUCCAGGCUCUGUCCGUGUUCUCCUGGAUAUGCUGGAUCGCACCGAACAACGUGGUGGUCAAUCAGCUGUUUGGCGUCGAGAACGGGUUUGGCAUGAGUAUCAUCACCUUCGAUUGGACGGUUAUCACGUGGAUUGGCAGUCCGUUGAUGAUUCCCUGGUGGGCCGAAGUGCAUAUCUUCACCGGGUUCGUCCUCUUCUAUUGGAUCCUUACCCCGAUAUUGUACUACACCAACGCUUGGCAACUCGCCCACUUCCCCAUCUUCGACAACGAGCCCUACGACCAGUACGGGAAUGUGUACAACGUCACCCGCGUCCUCAUGAAGGACGACACCUUCAACCUGACGGCGUACGACGAGUACUCGCCGCUGUACAUGCCCGCGGCGUACGCGAUCACGUACAUGCUCGCGUUUGCGCUCACCACUUGCGUCAUCGUGCAUACGAUACUGUACCACGGACGGAGCGUACUCAACGGGCUGAGGAGGAUCAAGGUAGAGAAGGACGAUAUCCACGCAAAGUUGAUGAAGAACUAUCCAGAGGUGCCGGAUUGGUGGUAUGCUCUCGUCUUUGUGUUUUUCUUCUGUAUGGCGAUCUUGGCGAUGGAGGUCUGGCAUACGGGCGUCCCCAUCUGGGCCCUGCUCAUCUCGGUCUCGCUGCCAGUCAUCUAUAUCCUGCCUUCUGGAUUUAUCUAUGCCAUGACGGGCCAAGGUAUCACGCUGAACCUGCUCGCGCAGAUUAUCCCCGCGACGAUAUGUCCCGGGAAACCGAUGGCGAAUAUGGUGUUCAAGGCGUAUUCGAUCCAGACGUUGACGGAGGCGACGUCGUUCGUGCAGGAUCUGAAACUUGGCCAUUAUAUCAAGGUUUCGCCGAGGGCGACCUUCCUCGUGCAACUGAUCGCGACGGUGUUCGCCGCAUUCGUCCAAGUGGGCACGAAAGUGUGGUUGUUCGCGAACGUGCCGGAUAUUUGCCAGCCGGAUCAGGAGAGCUCGUUGACGUGUCCGCAUAAUCAGGUGUACUUCACCGCUUCGGUCAUCUGGGGCCUCAUCGGACCCUCGCGCCAGUUCGGCGUCCACUCGAUAUACUACCCACAGCUAUACGCGAUCAUCAUCGGCUGUUUCCUGCCCUUGCCGUUCUGGCUCUGGCAGCGCCGGUACCCGAACUCGUGGGCGAAGUACAUCUCGACGCCGAUCCUGCUCAACGGGGUGUCGUACAUCCCGCCCGCGGUGGGGAUCAAUUAUAGCAGCUGGUUCGCGGUGGGCUUCGUGUUCCAGUGGUUGAUUAGGAAGAAGAACUUUGCGUGGUGGAGCAAGUUUAAUUAUAUUACGAGUGCGGCGAUGGAUGGGGGGACGGUGGUUUCGCUGCUUAUAAUUUUCUUUGCGCUGCAGUUCCCCAAGGGCGGGUUCAACGUGAAUUGGUGGGGAAACAACGUGUUCGAGAAUACUGCAGAUUACGCAGGACUGCCGCUCCGCCAGACGCCGGUCGGGAGCUGA